UAGGCAUCUUCGUCUACCCGUCGCCUCCGCCGCCGCUCGCCGGCUCCUCUUGGGAUCGCACGCGGCGCGCAGGGAGAGAGUUGGGGCCUUGGGGGGCCGUUCGGUGCUUGCGAAGAGAGGAUGGGCGAGGAGAGGCCGGUGCCGAGGAGGGAGAGCCCCUGGGGCUUGCCGGAGGGAGACAAGCGGGAGCCCAAGGCGCACCGCUGCAACGACCGCGCCGAGGACGUCGUCCAGGCUUGCUUUGAAGGGAACCCAUUCAAGACAGUUCCAGGUCCAUUCAAGCUCUUUUGGCAAUGCAUGCGUUCAAAACCUGGGGAGGAACCAACGGAACCAUAUACUUACCUGCAGCUGGAUCCUCCAAAGAGAGCGGAAGUCAAGCUAGAGUAAACAACACCCAAAUCGUUCACAAAUGUGUUUAGUUUAUUUCCUACUGGUUUGCCUUUGAAACAACGCUUUAUCUCCUAGGGAUCGUGUUGUGCACAGUGCCUUAUCUUUGGGUAUCCAAUAAAAAUAGAACUUGUCAAACCCUGAUCCA